UAUCUUGUAACUAAAGACUGUGUGUGUAUCAUUGCAGGUGGAGUAUCUUCCUAUAUCAUCAAUGGAAAAGUCAAGAAAAGUGAUGGAGGAGUUCUUGGAGAUAUGGCAUGAAGCUCUGUCUAAAAGGUCGUUGCCUGGUAAGUUUGUGAACAUAGAUCUCAACUUUGGGGAGUUUGGACUUGGAGACAAUUACACUCCACAACACACCGCUGUUCGAUAUGCUCUCGUGAUGGCUCACAUGAUUGCUACGGUUCAAGCUGUUAGAGGCUAAACAAAAGACACAGCUUUGUAUCUUUGGUAAAAAACUUUCUGCGUUUCGCAAUAUUAGUGAUAUCGCUAGACAUUUUAUGUAGAAGAAACAUUGAGAAAGAGUUGAUAGACCAAGUUUCUUUGUUAACUCCAGGAAAUAAAAAUGAGAUUGUAGCA